GGAAGAGACAAAUUCAGAGAGUGAGGGAAGGAAAGAGAGAGGGAGGGAGAAAGAGAAAGCAACAGAGGGAGAGAGAAAGAGAAAGAGUGUGAUGUCAAACCAGCUGAGCUCAGAAAGUAAACAGAGCUCCAGACUGCAGCAUGCUUUCUGCGGUACGGGGACUGCAGCUGGGGGAAAGCCACGGGGGGACCCCUACGCUCCCUCACACAGGCAUCCACCACUCCCCCGGGACCCGUGGAUCUUCCCUCUUCAUCACUCUCUUCAUCCUCAUCUCCCUGUACCAGGGGCUAGCAUGGCCCUACGACUACAGGUACCUAUAUAACCAGUGUCCGGGCCCAGAGUGGAACGUCAUGUGUCGGGGCUGCUGUGAGUACGACGUGAUCCGCUGUAAGUGUCCCCUCCAAGGCACCCCCGUUGGCUACGCUGUGCCUUGCUGCCGCAACGCCCUCAACGAGUGUGACCCCUGCAUCAUCCACCCAGGUUGCAGCAUAUUUGAGAACUGUAAGCGGUGUAACAAUGGGACGUGGGGGCCCAGAGAUGAUUUCUUCGUCAAGGGGAAGUACUGUGCUGAGUGUCGACCCGGCUGGUCAGGCGGUGACUGCUUGAAGUGUGGAGGAGUGAUCCGUAAACGUCAGGGCCACAUAGUCCUGGAGAGUUACCCCACCAACGCUCGUUGUGAGUGGACUGUUCAGGUGGACCGAGCAUUCACCAUCGAUUUCAGGUUUAUGAUGCUGAGCCUGGAGUUUGACCAUUCCUGUCGCUACGACUACAUCGAGGUGCGUGAUGGUGACAGUAUCAACUCUCGUGUGAUUGGUCGGUUCUGUGGGAACAACAGGGCUGCUCCAAUCCAGAGCUCUGGCAACUCCCUACACGUCCUGUUUGUAGCCGAUGGCUAUAAGAACUUUGACGGCUUCUUCGCCACCUUCCAAGAAAGCUCAGCAUGCAGCUCCUCCCCCUGUCUCCAUGAUGGAACCUGUAUCCUGGACACGUCCCAGUCCUACCACUGUGGCUGUCUGGGUGGCUACACUGGACAGCGGUGUGAGAAUGUUGUAGGGUGCAGGAGGCCCCCAGUACCUGUCCAUGGCUCCACAGAGGGGAUAUUCCAUCACUCAGGGGCGCGAGUCACAUUCCGCUGUGACCCUGGGUUCGAGCUGAGGGGGAUCCGCACCGCCAUCUGCCUCCAGGAUGGCACCUGGAGCACCUCUGCCCCCCAGUGUGUGCCUAUGGUGAAAUUAUGUGCCAUCCCAGCCAAGCCUGUGCAUGGAGACCACUUCCUAGUGUACGGGCCCAAUGAUAUCAUCAUAGCCCUGCAGUACCUGUGCUACCGGCCCUACAAGCUGAGCGGGACGCACCAGAGGACCUGUUUGCCCAACAACACCUGGAGCGGAACACCCCCCACAUGUGGUAAAGUGAAUAAUACACUUGCUGAACCAGGCAAAGACAAAGGAAAUGACAAAGCAAGAGAUACAGAAAAGGACAAAGAAAAGCAUGCAGAAAAAGAGAAAGACACUGACAAAGACAUUGAAAAACCCAAAGACAAAGAGAAAGACUAUAAUACAGGUAUCAAAGAGGACGUAGCUUAUAAAGAUCCAGACACAGGCCUGAGGAACACAACAGUGGAUGGUAAAGAUCCAGACGCAGGCCUUAGGAACACAACAGUGGAUGGUAAAGAUCCAGACGCAGGCCUGAGGAACACAACAGUGGAUGGUAAAGAUCCAGACGCAGGCCUGAGGAACACAACAGUGGAUGGUAAAGAUCCAGACGCAGGCCUGAGGAACACAACAGUGGAUGGUAAAGAUCCAGACGCAGGCCUGAGGAACACAACAGUGGAUGGUAAAGAUCCAGACGCAGGCCUGAGGAACACAACAGUGGAUGGUAAAGAUCCAGACGCAGGCCUGAGGAACACAACAGUGGAUGGUAAAACAGAUGGUAAAGACAAAAACAUUGACAUUACUCUGGUUAACAUCCCAGGACGAAACGAGGAUAAAACAAGUGACAAAGAAAAAGAAACUGGGCUAGAUAAACCUUCUGGAGAUACCAAGGAUAAAGUGGACAGUAAAGAAACGGAUGACAUUGUAAACACAGUGGAGGGAGAGAGAGAAAAUGACGUGGGGAAAACCAUCUCAGACAUAGAUGGCAGUCCAGAUACUGGGGGAGACACAGACGUGGUACGGGAGAUAGGAAAGACAACAGAGAUCCCUGAGAUAGUGGUGGUGGUGGAAGAUAAAGGACAGGAGGAAGAGAAGAAGAAAGAGGAUCCAGUAGAUAAAAGCAGUGAUCCAAACAUAGUUGAUCCUAAUGACUUAAAACCUAGGGGAGACACAUUUGCCAUAGAUUACACUGAGUUAAAACCUAGGGGAGACACAUUUGCCAUAGAUUACACCGAGUUAAAACCAAGGGGAGACACAUUUGCUGUAGAGUACACUGUUACGGAUGUGUUUGGCACCAAUGACAUAGAGCAGGGUAUGAAUACAACAAUGUCGAAAGACAUUGUGAAGAUUUUUAUUCCAACUAGAAACAACAACACACAGUUCACCCCAUAUUCAUCAGGAGGUCAGGAAACCGAGAGGCUGGUGGAAAAGCCACACAAAGAUAUAGGAGCAACUAAAGAUAUAGGCUCAACUAAAGAUACAAUGGCAAGUACAAGCAAACCUGAAGAGGAAAAUACUGGAAAAGAUUCUGACAAAAAAACUGAUGAUGAGUCUGAUGAUGAGAAGAGAGAAAACCAAAGCAUCAGUGAGGAGAGCUGUCCCCCUCUCCCACAGCUCUACCAUGGGUACCAGCAGGUAGUGCCAGGGCUGGUGCCAGAGACAGUGGAUUUCUUUUGUAAUCACUCCUACGCUCUGAGUGGUGACGCCAGACGCACCUGCCAGGCUGGCGGAACCUGGGGAGGCACUCAACCCCUUUGUGUGAGAGCCUGCAGAGAGUCCAAGGUCUCAGAGCUGGUCAGACAGAGAGUUCUGCCUCCACAAGCUCCAUCCAGGAAGACCCCUGUGCAUAAGCUCUACUCAUCCUCUGGGUUUGUGAAGAUGUUCCAGUCUGUCGGCCCCACCAAAGUUCCCCCAAUGCUAUCCCAGCUGCCCCAGGGGUUCCACCACCUCCACACUCACAUAGCGUACGAGUGUGCCUCUCCCUUUUACCAGCACUCAGGCAGUGCACGCCGCACCUGCCUCAAGACUGGCAAGUGGAGCGGGCGUCAUGUCUCCUGUUCACCAGUGUGUGGGAAGCACCCUACCUUUGACCCCCAGAGCCCGGCAGAGUCCCACUGGCCCUGGUUAGCCGCCAUCUACCAACGCCCCACCAACGGAGCAGGGACCAAGCUGGGCAAGAAGGCCAGCCUUGCGGGGUCACUAAAGAAGGGGACUGGAGCUGAAUUAGGUGCUGGGGUUGGAUCCCAGGGGCAGGAUGAGGCCUCAGGCUGGCAGCUGGUGUGUAGCGGGGCCCUGGUGAACCAGCGGAGUGUGGUGUUGGCAGCCCACUGUGUGACUGAGCUGGGGAAACUGUACCCUCUGGAUGCAGCCACGGUCAAGGUGGUGAUGGGAAAACAUUACCGCAGUGACCUUCGGGAGACCAAGGGCCUGCAGCAUCUCAGGGUGGCCUCCAUCUCUAUCCACCCCAACUACGACCCCCUGGUUCUUGACUCAGACCUGGCAGUGAUCAAGCUCCUGGACAAGGCUCGUAUCGGGGAGAAGGUCCUGCCCCUCUGCCUACCUGACAUCCAGGGGGGAGAGGUGACCUCCAGAGAAGGGUUGGUGACGGGCUGGGCCCCCCUGCCAGAUCCCCGGAUCGGGGAAGAGGAGCAGGCCAGGGUGGGUGUGCAGCACCUGGCCGACGUGGUGCCCUGCGAGCAGCAGUAUGCCCGUAAAGGGGUGCCCGUGAGCGUCACGGACAACAUGCUCUGUGGCCGCCAGCGACUCGACUACAGCCCAUCUAACAUCUGUCCCGCAGACACAGGGGGUAUCCUGAUCCUUCCUGCCCAGACAGGCUCCCCCCAGGACCCCUCUCUUGCCUCUCCAGAGGGGCGGGACACAUCCAAAGGGGAGUGGCGGCUGCUGGGGUUGGUAAGUUUCGGGUAUGACCAGGGAGAGUGUGACCCAGACCUGUUUACAGUGUACACACAUGUGGCCAACUUCAAAGACUGGAUAGAGAGCCAUAUGAAGUGACAUCACCAGGAUGUGACUCGCCCUGUAUCUCUUUUUCCUCCCUCUCUUCAACCAACAACUCCCUCUUUUGCUUCAUCAUUAUUCCCCCUCUUACUUUUAUUUGCUGACAUCUUUCUCCAUUCUCCCUCCUUCCUCCUCCCAUCUACCUGCUUCUUGUUGUACCCAAGCAGGGAGUGUGAUCACAAAAGAGCAGAGCAACACUGGACUGUACAGUGCUCUGAGCUGACUUUAGGGGGCCCUAACACAAACGGAUCAUAUAGAGCUGCCCUCCACUCAGCACAAUACUUCAGUGUUCAGGUUUUACCUUAAAUUUGGUCUUAGACUUGAAAACGAAAACCAGUUCCCUGGGAAAAGCUGGUUUUCAUUGUAUUCUUUGAUAUGUAUAUAUAAUGUAAUGAAUUAUUAUUAUGGCUCUGCACGUGGUUCAAGGGAUGUACAUAUUGUAUAGAAGGACAUAAAUGUAAUGUUGUUUUUAAUUAAAGAUAUGUGGUUGUGUGUA